CCGGAAGACAUGGAACAGCUCAGUGAAGAGAAACAAGUGUACAUGUGUGAGAAACUGGCGUUGCGUUGGUUAGAAACGUAAAGAGAGAUGCAGAACCUGUCCACAUUACAGACACAGAAUCAGGUGUACAUGGAAGCCCACUGACACAGGAAAGGUUUGCACUUUUCAGCCUUUCAGAAGAUCACUACGGUUAGAGAUGUCUCAUCGAGGGCCUUUAACCGCGGUCAUCACCACAGUACUGGGAGCAACUUUAGGAGGGCUGCUCAUAUGGAGAGUGUACCGCACAAAACGGAAGAGGCUGCCUUCCAUCCAAAAGGUGGCCGAUCCCGUGGAAGCUCUGCGUCCCGUGGGAAAUGAAUUUACACCAGCGGAGCAUCGACACACCCAGCCGCCGACGACACCGCCGCCUCUUCUUGAGAAGGAAUUUAAGGCGGUGGAGUGUCAGACCACGCAGCUGCCCCCCGCUACUGUACAGAUCCCGUCUUAUGAACAGCUGCUGCGGGUGAAACCGGUGAUAGUGAGCUCUGAGGAGGAAUGGCUGCAACUGUGGCCGCUGAUGCAAAAGGAGUUGUCAGUGUUCCCUGUGCUGGGGCUUGACUGUGAAUGGGUAAAGACUAAAGGCGUGUCCGUGAAGGGUCGAACCUCGGCCGUCUCACUGGUGCAGGUGGCCACGUAUUCAGGUCUGUGCGUCCUGUUCAGGCUGCUGGCGUUCCGUAACGGGCAGCAGCCAUUCCCACUCAGCUUUAUGGAAGUCCUCCGAGACCCCCACAUUUUGAAAGUCGGCGUCGGCUGCUAUGAAGAUGGCAAGCGUCUGACGCGUGACUACGGCCUGUCGCUGACAUGCACAGUCGACCUCCGCUACCUUGCCUUACGACAGAGGCAAGCUACUGUAAAUAAUGGCCUUAGUCUCAAGUCUCUGGCUGCAGAUGUGUUGAAUGUAUCUCUGGAUAAAUCCCUAGAGCUGCGCUGCAGUGACUGGGAGGCAGAUGAGUUGACACUGGAGCAGAUGACUUACGCUGCCAGAGAUGCUCAAGUUUCCAUCGCUCUGUUCCUCCAUCUACUCGGCCUCCGCCCUGAAGCCGGUCCCGCCUCUACCAGCGGGGGCUCGUACUCUGAGUUGGCCGCCCGCUGCCAGGGGCUGGUGGAUGUGCCCUUCAGGGGCCGAGGAGACGGAGACGAAAGGGCCGCCGAUGGAGAGAGGAGGCGGAGGACGCGGAAACCGCCCGUUUAUGAAAGCCCGGAGUCUGGAGAUCAGCAAGUCCCAGACCCUCGAAAGAAUAACAAGAGGAAACCGCUGGGUGUGGGCUAUUCUGCCAGGAAGUCUCCUCUCUAUGAUAACUGCUUCCUCCAUGCUCCAGAUGACCAACCUCUGUGUACCUGCGACAAGAAGAAAGCCAAAUGGUACCUAGAUAAAGGAAUAGGAGUUCUCCAGAGUGAAGAUCCUUUCGUUGUGAGGCUGCUGUUUGAGCCAUCAGGACGUCCCGACUCCCAGCAGGACUAUUAUCUCACUGCGAAGGAGAACCUCUGUGUGGUCUGUGGCAAAGCAGAUUCCUAUAUUAGGAAAAACAUCGUGCCACAUGAGUACAGACGGCAUUUUCCCACAGAGAUGAAGGACCACAACUCCCACGACAUCCUGCUGCUCUGCACCAGCUGCCACGCCGCCUCCAACGUGCACGACAGCUUCCUGAAGCAGCAGCUGGCCGAAGAGUUCGCCGCCCCUCAGGGCUGCGAGGAGGGAGUGCGCCUGCUGGAGGACGCGGACCGACGGCGGGUACGUUCGGCGGCCCGGGCUCUGCUCUCCGCCGGGGAAGGACUGCCGGAUCAGCGACGAGAAGAGCUUCAGGAUCUGAUCAAAAGCUUCCUCAACAUGAACGAGGAGCAGGAGCUGACGGAUGAGGCGCUGCAGGAGGCUGCCGGUCUGGAGACGAGGAUAUUCAACGAGGCGUACGUGCCUCACGGCCUGAAGGUGGUGCACGCUUACGCUGAGAAGGGCCUGCGGGGCCUGAUGGACCUGGAGCGUCGCUGGAGACAGCACUUCCUCACCACCAUGCACCCGCGCCACCUCCCUCCUCUCUGGUCCGUCGACCACAACCACAACAAGUUCCUCCGCAAGUACGGAGAGGAUCUGCCCAUCAAACUCAACUGACCGUCAGUCCUCACAAAAGGGCACAAGCAGCUAGAGAACGGGACAGUGAGCUUGAUUUUUUUUUUUUCAUUCACAGGUCAAAGUAUUUGAUCGAAAUUGAAACUUCAGCAGCCGCUCUCACUUUUACAAGCCAAACUGCUUUUUUUAGGACAGAAGAGAUCGUUGUUCUACCUGUCAGGAUGAAUGCACUAAUGUACCAAACGAGUCCGAAUUGUUGCCAGCAUGUGGCUGCUGUCAAGCUCUCACGCUGGUGUUAACAAGGCUGUGAUUAGUGUGCGAGUGAACACGCUGAUCUGCGACGUGCACAGUGUACCGGAGUGCCGCUGAGAUGCUGCUACAUUUCCACUUGGACCAUGAAUGAAUUCAAGCAGAGACUCUCCCUGCGGAGAGGUAAGCCAGCACUGAAUCUGAGAAACACUAACUUCACUAACAACGCCAUGGUGGACGUCAUGUGAUUGCAUAUGGACACUUUUUCUAUUAUAGAAAAUGUAUAAUUAUUUAUGAGAAAAAAAAGAUGUUAAAUUGAUUUAUGAACUGAUUUUAUAGAAAAAGCUGCAGCCUGCUCUUAAUUUCCCCCUUAAAUUUAAAGAAAACUUCCCAACCCCCCCUGCAGGUUAGCAGCUCAUUACCUCUAUCAGUCUGGGAAUACAUGAUUUGCUUUGCAGAGAGAGGGUCAUUUUAAUAUGACCUUAAAUUAUUUGGCGCUCCCCUCCUGCUUUUGUUGUCAGCCUAUUGUCUGUUUUAAGUCAAUAGAUAAAAGGAUGAGUUUCCCAGACGCAUCUUGAAAUGAAAUUUCAUCUUUGCCCUAUUCCUUUUUUAAAAAGAUGAUCUUCAUGUGGAGGUGUCUUUGGGCCUGAAUGUGUUCAUCCAUAUCACGGUUUUGGUUUGUUUUUUGUAGCAGGAGAUCAACACUAACCAGAGCAAAGUUGGCUCAUUCUGUUCAUCAUGUGUUGACACGUCCUGCUGCUGAUUCUCCUGACGGUUUGGGGAACCUUCAUGGCUCAUGUUUUAAUGUGCCUCCUAAUCCCCCCAAAAAAACCUGACCGGAGACUCAUCGCAGUGUCUGGACGUGACCUCAUUUCAUAGUUUACAGUUGUUUCAUCGCGACGUCAUCUUUACAGAAUUCAAAGUGCACAGUGGAGACAAAAAAAAGGUGCCAACUCCUGAGAUUGAUAAACUACCUUUAAAA